CCUGCGGCUGCUGCGGUGGCUACCGGGCCGUUGGGGAGGGGCUAGUGGGGGAGGGAGACGGCGCAGUGACAGGACCGCCGAGGGUGCUGCUGAGGCGACGAUGGCAGAGGGGCCGGAGGAAGCCCGAGGCCGCCCUCCGGGGCAGGACGACGGCGGAGGGGACCCCGAGCCCGCCCCUCCCCUGAGAGGCCCUUCUGCCGCCGCCACCCCGCGCCCCCGGGCCGGGCCGCAGGCCGAGCCCCAGGCCCCGGGCCGGCCCCCCGCCCCGGGCCUCGCGCUCGCUGCGGCCGCCGCCGAGGAGUCGGAGCUGCCGCGCGAGUCCGGGAAGUGCGGGGAGGCGGCCCCCGGCUCCAGUGCGGGGCCGCCGGAGCCGGCAGGCCGGGAGGCGCCCGAGGCCGCCGCGCCGCGAGAGAGGCCGGCGCGGCUGAGCGCCCGCGAGUACUCCCGGCAGGUGCACGAGUGGCUGUGGCAGUCCUACUGCGGCUACCUCACCUGGCACAGCGGCCUGGCCGCCUUCCCCGCCUACUGCAGCCCGCAGCCGCCCGCGCCGAGCCACCCCUCGGGCGGAGGCGCCGCCGCCCCCCCGGCCGCGCCGCCGCCGCCCCCCCAGCUGGGCUAUUACAACCCCUUCUACUUCCUGAGCGCCGCGGCUGCCGGGCCCGACCCGGCGGCGGCCUCCGGCGUCACCACCGCGGCUCCCGCGGCGGGGCUGGGGCCCCGGGCCCCGAACGCGCAGGGAUCCGCCCGCGCAGCGCCGGUGACCAGGGUGGGCUCCGCCGCCCCUUCGCGGGCCCCGAGCGAGACCGGGCGGCAGGCAGGCAGAGAGUAUGUUAUUCCAUCCUUGGCCCACAGAUUUAUGGCAGAAAUGGUGGAUUUCUUUAUUCUGUUCUUUAUAAAAGCAACGAUUGUCUUAAGCAUUAUGCACCUCAGUGGAAUAAAGGAUAUCUCUAAGUUUGCUAUGCAUUAUAUAAUAGAAGAAAUAGAUGAAGACACAUCAAUGGAAGACUUGCAGAAAAUGAUGAUUGUGGCUCUUAUAUACAGAUUAUUAGUUUGUUUCUAUGAGAUAAUUUGCAUUUGGGGGGCAGGCGGAGCCACCCCCGGCAAGUUCCUGCUGGGGCUUCGAGUUGUGACGUGUGAUACAUCAGUGCUUACCGCACCGAGUCGGGUUUUGGUGAUUCCCUCUUCAAAUGUUAGCAUCACAACGUCCACUAUACGAGCUUUGAUCAAGAAUUUUUCUAUUGCUUCUUUUUUCCCUGCUUUCAUCACACUGCUGUUUUUUCAGCAUAAUCGAACAGCCUAUGACAUUGUAGCAGGAACCAUUGUGGUAAAGAGAAAUGGGGUUAGAUGAUGCCCAAAACCCUGAAUUCCAUACUCUCUGGAAUAAUGACAAGACUAAAUUAUGUAUCAAGGCCAUCAGUAUCCCUGGGUUACACUAAUUGAUGAUUUAGAAAUUAAAGCAGUCGCUCCAGUGAUGCAGGUGACUAUUCUGAAAGCAUUGAUUUUACUUGAAUGCCAAAGAACUUUUCCAGAAGAAAAAAUCUGUUAAAUUUAAAUGUUAAAAAUUUUUAGAUUGAAAAGGCGGCAAGUGGUUUUAUAAUCAACAAUGGACAAUGUAUACUUUCUUAAGAUCUAAGGUAUUAGAAUUUGCUGAAAGCACUUUCAGCUUUGAAAUCUCCAGAUGAAACUUUAAAAAACUUUUGGUUUAUCCCAGAAUGAUGGAAAAAGUCCUGUUGUGUUUUGUAAACACAUUAACUCAUCUUUUAGUCAACACUUCUUGGGGCAAUUGUUGUCUUUGCAUUCGGGAAGAGGGGGUGGGGACACACAUUUGGUAAUCCGUCUUGUCUCCCACCCUGGGAGGAAGGGAGUCAGCUGUGAGAGAGAGAGAGGGGCAAAGGAGGUAGGCUUAGCCAGUCCCUUCAUGACGUUCUCAGAUCCGUACUGCAAUGCACUGUGGGAAUGACGCCACUUGACAAGUAUCGUUACUGUUCAGACAUGUAUUUGGGGCAAGUUUUGCAUGAUGAUGAAAAAGUAUUAAGUCCUAUUGCUGUAUUAUCAUUGAUUUUUUUUUUUAAAGAAAAGGUAAGUUAGUGAUUGCUUUUGGGGGGGAGGGGGGUCCUAAAUUUUCACCGUAAAUUUAAUUUCAUGUGCAAGUGUUUUUAGUGCCCUAAAUCAAACUAUAAAUACGUGGGGGAACAUUAUUCUCCAGAUUGUUGCAUAUUUACUGUAAAACAAUAUUCCCAGUAUGUGUGCAGCAUGAAGAAAGUGUUAGUGCUUUUCAGUGUUCUAAUAGAACUUCUGUUUCUAUACAGGAUAUUUACACAUUAGCUAGUUUCCUUUCUAUAUUUUAUAUAGUUCUAUGACUUUUGAAACCUCAAGGAGUUACAUAAUCUUAGUAUUUCGUGAUAAAACCUAGUAAUCUAUUAAAUAUUAGCAAUUUUCCCAUUAUGAACAAGUCUAAGACAAUGAUAGGUUAUUUCCAGACAUUUUUCUAAGUUCUUUGGGCCAAAACCUCACUUUGGGUCUUCCAGGGAUGGUGUUUUGAGGGAAAUGUUAAAAUACUUGGUGUAGUGCCAUUUUAAUUUAUUCUUCUACUGACACAAAGCUUAGUGUUUUAAGUGUGUGCAUGUUUUGUUAGAUGGCCCAGGUAGCUGUGUUGAGAUAUAUCUGAAAAAGUUUUACUUCUUAGGCAUUUUCUCCAACCCUGAGAUUUCCCCCAAAAAAACACUAAACUCUGUUGGACACUUCAUAAUUAGACUGCUUAAAAGGACCAAUCUUAACCUUUGGUUUUCUUUUUUUUUUGGUCUUUGAUAGAGAAUGCAAGACAGAUAUAUUAUCGCUAUAUCCGUUUUUAAAAUGGGUUUUUCUUUGACUUUAAAACCGUGAAAAUAUUCACAUUUGAUGUCUAUAGAAACCUUAACAGUGUCCUUAUUAAUACCUUUUUAUUAUAAAAUUUCAUAAACCAUGUUUUUCAAAAUAAUUUUAUAUUAAACUCAAUAUCAAAGAAAGCCUAUCAGUUCAGUGUGUCAGAGUACUCAAUGGAUCAUUCACUUGUAGCUCCUGGGAAGAUACUUAGCUUGAUGGCCCCUUCAAGGUGAAACUUCCCACUCAGCAGUGUAUACAUUAGCAUUAGGAGAUACACUGUUUUUGCCACUGACGGGGAAUUCAAGUUGAAAUGUCCGUCAGCCAUAUAGCUCUGGAAUAGAUCUUUCUAACCUCUCAGAUAAAUUGGAAGGUUCACCAUCUAGGCUAUUUUAAUUUAUAUAGUCAAACAAAAGCAAGGAAGUCACCCAGUUCAACUUCUUAAAAUAUUGCACAUUCACUCUGAGUUAUUCAGAAUCCUAUCUAUGUAGGUUCAUUUAGAUCCAUCUUAGAGUUCAAGUUACAUAGCCCUAGAAAAUAAAAGUAUUCCUACUUUGCCUUUACAACAAAACGCAAGGCUCUUUCUGUAUUUAGAAUUCAGCACUUAGGAAAAGAGAUUUUGAUGCCCAAAUCUUGGGGGGGAAAAAUCACAGGAAACGAUGGGGAAGGAGAGAGAGUUUUUCUCUCUUCAGGUUGAGGGGGGAGGGUGUGUGGAACCUCCAUCUUCUCAAAAGACCCUUUUUAAUAUAUUUCAUUUAUAGAAAUACUAAUUUUCUGCAUCAGAGUAUAAUUCUCAUGCUUUGAAGCUCUAGCCUAAGAAGGCAAAAAGAAAGUUGUUUUCAUAGUACAAACAUUUAUCACUUUUAUCAGAGAAGUAACAAGCGGACAAAAGCCAAGUCAAGUCGAGGCAGAACACUGUGGCAGCGAAUGUGCCCUACUGAAAACCACAGAACAGGCAGGUAACUGAGACAUUUAGAAAAUCUCAGUACCUACAAGGAGCGAGCUAGGGUGACCAGGGCGCCGUAAGACAAGUGUGACGUAUUGAGUGUUCACGCUGAGCAGGGUUGAGUACACAAGGACGGCGCUUUUAGAUUCAUCUGGGACCAUAAAAAUAAAGCCGGCACCAUUUUGGACAGAAAGCCUUUCAAGUAUUGCCCAACUGAUGCUUGCAUAGCCCUGGUUCAGAAGUCACUUAAACAUUUGUUUACCUUCCGAUUUUACCCAGACAGUUAGAGUUAAAAAAAAACAAAAAACAAAAAACGAAAAAAAAACCCACAUUUGAGGGCCCCUUUGUCUAAAUUAUAAAAAUAAGGCUUUUAGUGUUCACGGUUUCAAAUGCCAAUGAAAGCCGUUUUAGCUGCAUUAAAAGGAUUUGUUCCCUUACGUGACUCGUUUGGGUGUUUUACUUACGCGUAAGUAUUUCCAGCAAAAGGAAGGUAAAAAAGGAGUUUACACUACUUACUAAUCAGGAGCAGAAGGCUCUUUGAGAGAGACAGGGAUGAACUGUUUUCAUUCUACACUCCUCCCUGUUGAACAGGCUGUCGGUCCCUUGGAAGAACAUGCCCCCAGCAGUAUUCAUAAAAUCUGACCGGUAUCGUUUCCUUUACUUGCCAUUCCCCAGCCUCCAUACCGGAGGUCAGAGUCUUUACAAGAAGUCCUUGCCUGGGUGACGUUCCUCCUCCCAAACUGUGUGUAUAUUUUCUUGUGGUUCAUUAUAGUAGGGCUUGACCCGCGAACAGUAUCUGAUGGCCUGCCUAUAAAUAAAAUUCAGCAUUCUAUUUUUAAUAAUUUGUAUGCCACCAAUUUGUAUUCUUUGUCUCAAUAAAUACUUGAUCACCGAU